AGGCGGGAAAAUUAUUUUUUGAAGAAAAACAAGAUGGCGCGUACAAAUAUGUGCGAUGUAAAAUUACAUUCAAUUAUUUCAUUUCCGCGCGUUAGUUUUGAUAUUUUUGGAAAUUUUGAAGUUAUUCGGUAUCCAUCAAUUACAAAUUCAUAAGUUUUGCGCAAUUUAAACGUUAGACUGCAUUGAAAAUGAAAUAAUUCGAUUUCCGGUUAUCAAUGCACGAAGUGUUGUAACUUGUAUCAUACCAUAACAUACCAUCAGAAGUUGAGCUUUACGCUAUUACAACUGUUCGAGUGUACAAUUAUGCUUCAGCAUCUUUGAUCAAGACAUGUCGUGUUCCCAAUUCAUCGAACACGAAGAGGAAGAUAAGAAUGAUACGCUAGUUAUCAUAGUAAAUGGCGAUGGAACUGUUACCGUAGAUCCAUUGACGCUGGAACGAGUCCUAUCUCAGCAGAGUCGACCAGCGGUUAGUGUGAUACGAUUUGAGAAUACCGACGAACCUGACUCGCAAACCGAAAAUGUGUUAGUCGAUAAUAACGAGAAGACAGUCGACGACAAAGAAAAACCAUGUCGCAAAGUAAACCUUGUGAUCGAAGGUUAUUAUCCUUCUGCGUCUCCAAACGCCGUCGAUAGAAACACUACCGAUUCGGUGGUCUCUUCCACCGUCGGUACGCCUCCUUUACCAACUCGCAAUUCGUCCGAGUUUCUGGAUUUACUCGCCGAAGAACUGGAGAUCCCGGUAUCCCAGCUGCCCAGCCAGUCUAAUAUGCAUGCUGCGGCAGGCGAUGGUGGCAUAGGUGAUUCGUUGGUAGAUGCUUUCUCUGAAAUGGCACCGGAACAGCUAAAACGAGUUGAAACCGCUCUGCAUUCGGAGAAGGCAAAACAAAUAUUAGGAGAUGACGUUACGUGUGUCUUAGAUACUCUAAAAUUGAACGAAGAACACGAUGAUUGGGUACAUCUAGAUCAUUGCUAUACCAAUAUUUAUGGAAGUAAAAAGCAAAUUCAACCCGAACGAAUGCCAAAUGUCGUCGUGCAGGAUUCGGAAAUGGCUACGAUGUUGACGAUAAAGGUCGGUGGCAGCGGCGACUCUUGUGUUUCCUCGCCUAAAGACCUCGACGCAAACAGUACGAGUGAUUUGUCAAACGUUUCCAACGAAACUCUGGAACUAACCAUGCCAGAAAACAUCGAAGUCAUUAACGUUCAGUUACCUACCAACGAAAGUAGCGCUGAGAGCAGCAACCCGAAAAGAAAGAAUGUUUUGCCGACCAAAGCCAAACUUGUAACGGGUAAUAAAAUCGUGCCGAUCAAAAGCGCUCCACCACAUCAUCUGCAAGAUUAUCCGAUUAAACACGAUCGUUCGUCGACAAUCGCCGCGGCAACACCGCAAAAGGUUAAACGAAGAAGUAAAGACGGGUCUAAAAAUGAAAUCGUUCUGCCCGAGCGAAUUGUAACAGAGGAUGAAGUGGACGGCGUUAAAGUUUUCAAACCGACGAGAAAUGAUAAACGUAUCAACAAACCUUGUUCGUUGACACUUUCGAAAGACCCGUCAUCGAUGUUGAAAGCUCACCCGCAACUAGUACAAUCGAAAUUGAAUUUGAUCAAAAAAGUCGAUCCUUCUAUCAGCCACCCUAGUCAUCAGCAGCCUGAUAAAGCGUUGUCUGGCGACGGCGUCUCGACGAAACACUCCGUAGACGUUGCGACCAAAGAGCUAUCGGACGCCAAGAAUAUUCCAGCCAAGAAAGAAAACAACGCGCGCAAAACGUCAACGCCCGCUACCCCUGAAACUUUCGGUCCGGCGUUGUUUUCGACUCCGGAUAUUAUUCGUAAAAUCAACUCGGAAGGUGGCGAAACAACGUCAAUGUAUUCGAGAGAUGACGAUAACAGCAUUAGCGUAGACCAGCAGACCGCCGAUAUUGAGAAACGAAUGUCAGCGUUGGAAAAUGGCGAAGCUAUAUUGGAUGAGUUGCAUUUGCAAGUUGAAAUGCAAAAAGAAAUGGAAAGAAUCACCUCUCAGUCGAAUGACGACAAAUUAUUGAGCGAUUUGGAAAAUAGCGCCGAUGAAGAUCAGGUUGACGUGAAUGAAAGUGGUGUAAACGCCAGCGCGGCCACUAAUACAUCUUCGUUGUCGACGAAAAAUUACCAUUAUCAAUCGAAUUUGGAUUUGGAUCUCGACCUGGAUUUAGAAGAUUCCGAAAAUGAAAAUCAAAAUGUCUCAACGACAUCUAAAGCCGAUAGCUUGGAUAAGUCUGAUAACAGCGACAAAAAUGAAGGCGAAUACGAAGACGAUCCCAAUAAAUUAUGGUGUUUAUGCAACAAACCGCACAACAAUAGAUUCAUGAUAUGUUGCGAUGCUUGCGAUAAUUGGUUCCACGGCAAAUGCGUCGGAAUAUCCAAAGCGUUAGGUGAAAAAAUGGAGCAAGACGGCACCGAAUGGUUGUGUCCCAGUUGCCGUAAAGAAAAAUUUGCCAAAGAACGCGAAAACAAAUCUAAAUUACCGGCCGCCAAAAGUACAGCUUCUAGAUUAGCUAAUCGUCACGGUAGAUCUGAACUAACCGGUGGCGGCGCUUCUACCAGCGACGAGUUAAGCGAUAGUAAAACGGCACUCUCGACGCCGUCUGUCGAUGGUCACUUUCCAUCGGCGAAUGCGAUCGCUGGCGGCAGCGGCGAGCAAGCAGUGCGACGAAAAUCGUCUACGAGUGGCGAAAAGCUGUCCUCUUCGCCUUGCGUCGAGUGUAAGGAGAAAAAAGCUCAGUUGAAUAGCGUAUAUUGUAGCGCAGAAUGCGUUUUGACGUACGUUACGAAUUCAUUAAAGAACCUGAAUAAUGGUCAACGAAUACCGCUGUCCGAGGAUAGAAAGAUCAACAUGAUAGACAGAAAGACCGGUCAUCGAGUAGCCGGUACGCGAGCUCCGGCUGUUGGAGAUCUGAAAGAAUGGCUGUUACGUAAUCCUAAUUACGAAAUUGAUAGACCUUGCGCUUUACCGACCUGCCGACCAAACUAUGCGUCCACGUUUACGAAAUCAGUGCCUAAAAAGCCGGCCAAUCCUUCGAUUAAAUCUAAAGAAGCGAUGGGAAUGGCGUUGGCGACAACGCCUACCGCCGCUGGCGCUGUCAAGUUGCCGUUUUCGCGUUCAAUUCAAAUGGUAAAAGCGGCUAAAAUGAAUCAAGAAUCGGCUGCCCUUAAAGACGGCAUGACGCAAGUUUCCAUGAAACAGUUCGUAGUGAAAAAGGUUGUCCCCGAAACGGUUACCAGCAACAGCGGUGUCAAAGAUCCUGCGGUUGCGUCUGUGUCAGCGACCACGAUGCCAGUUAGAAAAGAAGAUUUCAAAUUAAAAGAGAAACAACGUCAGAUAAAAAUCAUACCAGUUCAACCGCUUCCGUCUAAGCCGGUCGAAGAACAGAAAGAGAAAACGACUUCGGCGAUUAAAAAAUCGUCGAGCGGAAUCGCUGCCAUCGCUGCUACUACCGCCGCCACUCCUGUUUUAGCUUCGGUUUCGGUCGCGGCUGCUGCUCCUGUCGCCGCCGUUUCCGAAAAGAAAAAGAAAGCGGAUCCGUCUAAAAAAGUCGAGUCCAAACGAACGGAAACGAAAAAAAAAGAUACCGCGAGCGCCAACGAAACUAGCUCGUCGAAUGUUGUUACCGUGCCAAAUGCGGAUAAGAUCAGAGCGAACGUUCGUAAAGGUCUAAACGAACUGUUCGUCAAUAAGAUGAAAGAUUCGCCGGAUAUUAAACUAACCGAAGAAGAAGUCAGUUCGCUGGUGUCGUCGGUGGAAGAAGAAAUUUUCGUGUUGCAUAACAAAGAUACAGGAACGAAGUAUAAAGCCAAGUACAGGUCGUUGUUGUUCAACAUUAAGCAACCGCAGAACACGCUGUUUCGUCGGAUUACGCUGGAAAAAAGUCUUUCGCCUUACGAUUUGGUUCGUUUAACGCCCGAAGAAAUGGCUUGCACCGAGUUGGCCGAGUGGAGGCAGCGAGAAGCCAAACACGAAAUCGACAUGAUUAAAAAAACUGAACUGGAAAACCUUCAACUAUCCAAGGUACUCGUUUUGAAAACGCAUAAAGGCGAAUUGGAAAUCGAAUCGGAACCGUUGCCACCUUGCAAACCGGAUCUCAUCGUGCCCGAUUUACAAUCGGAAGAUAUGCUAGAAGAGAAAGAUAAACCGAAUGCCAAGAAAACGCUACCGUAUUAUUUCGGCAAAGAGAAACGCGGCGGCGGUGCCGCUUCGGCUAAAGACGAUGCGGCGGAUAAGAAAAAGUCGUCGGACAAGAACGCAUCCGCUUCGUCUACCAAAGACAAACAUCGCAAACACCACGAUCACAAAGAUAAGCAUAAGUCGAGCAAGAGUCGCCGUCGUAGCUCCGAACGCGAGAAACACGCCGGCGCGAGUAGCAAACGCGCUAAAAGCAGCCAUAGACGCGGUGGCAGUAAAAGCCCGACUAAGGAGCGUCACCGCAGCGGUAGUCCUUCGACAUCGGCUGCGCACACGACCGCCGAUCGCGGCAGCCGCAGUACGGAAAAAGAGAAAGACGAACGCAGUCGUAGUCGCCACCGUCACGACAGUGGUAGCGCUGGCAGUCCGAGUCGGAGUAGAAGCAAAAGACCGCGUUCCGCGAGUUCCACUUCGAAAAGGAAGGAGGAUAAAACGUGCGAACCAGCGUCAAAUGACGUCGGUAGCGCUGAAAGUCGCGAUCGCGAUAAUGCCGCCGAAAAAGUCGACAAUUCGAUCGAGAUGGAAGCUACUGCCGGCGGCGUCACCGAUGUCGCCGUUGUUAAGGCCGAAGAAGACGCGAUUACGGCCGAUUUGUUGAAUCCGUUCAAGAGCGUAGACGUAGAUUUAUCCGAUAUGGAGCCUACGUCGACUGUAACCAUUAAAACGCCGCCCUACACUCGUAGUCCUUCGGAAGCGGCAGCCUGCGUUUGGAAGGGCACGAUCGUGAUGCCGGAUAUAGUGCGUUGCAACGUGACGCUCAAGCAAGUAUCGGGUAACUGCGAAAGCCUAGAAGACGACAUGCAUUCGGGCGAGGGAGGCGCCGUCGGACGAAUCGACUGCGUCGGUCGUAUCGAGCCGAACAUAGUGUGGGAUUACAUCGGCAAGGUGAAAAAAUCCGGCAACAAAGAUAUUCUGGUGUUGCGUUUCGAGUCGCUCGACACGGACGACCAAAAUGCCUAUCUCAGCUUCUACUCGUACUUGAAUAAGAAAAAUCGUAUGGCGGUCGUAGGCAACAUGGGCCCGUCCAUUAAAGAUUUUUACGUCAUGCCGUUAGCUAGUCAUAGUCCGAUACCGCAAGUUUUACUACCUCUGGACGGGCCCGGUUUCGAAGAUUCCCGACCUCAUCUACUUCUAGCGGUAGUCGUGCGUAGUCGUCGUAGAAGAUACCACGAUCUUCUGCUCCACGGUAAUCAUCACCGCAGCCAGCAUCAGAAACAUCAAGUUCACGUGCAGUAUGUUGGUUCGUCAUCUUCGCAGAAGCAGCUCCAACAACAGGACAGUUUCACGCCACCGCAUUCUCCGACUUCUGUGUUUGUUCAAACGGCACGAGUUCCCGUCACUACAUCCGCAGCUGGAAACGAAGAAGAUGAGCCUUACAGUCCGAAAGAUGAAGAUGAUGACGACAACAACAAUGACGAAGACGGCGAGGAUAACAAUAAUAACGGCGGCGAUGAAGGCGAUAACGAUAAAGACAACGAAGUCGUCCCAGACGAAAACGACGAAUACGAUAACGACCGCGACGACGCAGACGAACCGUAUUCGCCGAGCGCUCUAGACGAGCAAGAAUCAAAAUUCACCAUCGACGAUUCUGACAAUUGCUCGACGAUUAAGGUCGACGAAGGUGUAAAUUCUUCGAGUUUUGCAAACGACGGCGACCGUCCCGAGUUAUACAGUCCGUCGGAACACUUUUUCAACGAUAUCGAAUCGAGCGAAGUCACGUUACCGGAUACUUUGAAAAAUUUACUCAACAGAGUGAAAAAUCGCACCAGCGAGCCGUUGCCAGCUGCGGGCGAUAGUGGUGGAUCGAGCGGAGGCAUUUUAGCAGUCGAUCCUAUAGUGAACGCGUACAAAAAAAGCGCCGCCAACGAAUCGGAAGAAGAAGCGGACGAUGCGACUUACGAAGAACCCGCUUAUACUCCGCCACAAAGCGUAAUCAACCUUGACGACGACGACGACGACGACAACGACGACGAGCAAGAUAACGACGAUGGUAACGGUGCUGUUGGAGACGGAACUGGCGACUCUGAACAUUUCGAUAACAACAAUAACGAUAGUACCGACGAGGAUCGCGGUGUAGGCGAAAACGACGAAAGUUUGAGUGAGAAAAAAAUCGACGAUAGUAAUAAUUCGUCCAACAACGAAAACGAAGCGAAAACUAACCAACGAAUCGAGCUUACGACGCUGACGCCGACGCCGACGCCGGUGGCGGUGGCGGAGUCACCCGAAGAAAGUAAAGCGAAUCGCGACCCUCGUCGUAAAACGACCGCCGCCGUCGCCGCGGCCACCGUUAUUUCGCAACCGCCGCCUCCGGGUAUGGAGGACGAAUUUGGUUCGCUGCCUGCGGUGCCGAAAAACGACGUCAUUAACCCGAUGAUGAUGGGUGCGGCCGGCAUGACAGACGCCGGCUACGGUACGCAAAUACCGUACGCGUACGCGACGCCGUUUGCCGCGAUGAUGUCGCAACCGCCGCCGGGGCAAAUGUAUUUGACUCCGGCUGCCAUGUAUCCGCAACCGUACAUGGCGGCGACUGCGACACCGCCGCCUCCUGCGCAGAUUUACGUGCCACCUCCGCCUCCUCCGUCAGCGAUGCUUCGCACCGAUCCUUCUAUGAUUCCAUUACCAAUCGACGCUCCCGACGGCAAGAGAUCGACCGAAAAAAGGAAAUCGGAAUGCGAAAAAGACGACGAUUCGAGCGACGAUAAGAAAUCCUCCAAGUCGUACAAGAAGCACAAGUCGUACUACACAUCCGAUUCUAAAUCGAGCGAAGGCACCAGAUCGUCGCCGAACAGCAGGCAUCGCAGCUCGAGUUACGAAUCUCACCGUCGCGGUUACCAAAGAGACGACGUCGAAUCCGGCACCAGUAGUUCGUCUCGGUACGGACACAAGUACGGCGGCGGCGGCAGCAGUAGCAGAAGUUACCGAGAUCGAGGCGGAUAUUGGAAAAGCGGCAGCGAUUAUUCGUCGUCCAGUCAUAAGAGAUAUUCUCGCAAUGGCAGCAGCGACAGAGAUCGUAGUAGUUCCAGCAAACGUAGCCGAUGGGAAGGUUCCAAACACGAUCACGAAGAUCGAGAACACGAUUCGAAAAAAGAUAAAGACAAGUCCGCCGAACAUUCGAAGAAAUCUGAUUCGUCUAGGCGUAGUCGAAGCUAAAAAUGCCCACCUAUAUUCGUUCUUCGGUACUCCUUUUCCUGUCGUCUCACCCAACCUCGCGUGUUUGUUUUUUUUUUUUACAAAACCGUGUUUUUUCUGAGAAAAAAAAAUGUUUGUAUAUGAUUUUUACGAAUAUGUGCCCGUGUUCGCCUGCUGCAAUUUGUAUGUAUGUAUGUACAUUGUAAAUGCUAUAUUUACAGUACACGAAUACCUCCUUGUUCCUCUGUAUUGUAACCGAUAUUUUUGUAAUUUAAUGAUCUCCGAAUUUUAUGUGUAUGUAUGUGUGUGUGUGUGUGUGUUUCUUCGAUUUAUUUUAUUGUUACUACUGCUACGUGUAUAAAUUAUUGUUGUUGAUGUUGUUAUCGUUAUCGUUAUCGUGGUCAUUAUUGCUGUUGGACCAUCUUUUCGCGGCGGUACGUGUUUUUUUUUUUGUUUUUUUUUGCUAAGGGAUUAUUUCUUUUACGCGCUGUAUUUUAUUUAUUCGGGUGAUAGCUAUCUUUAUUAUGUAUUAUUUUUCUGCGGAGAGUCGAAUAAUGAAAUUGCCGACUGAUUGAUGGUGAAUAACAGAAAACAACCCAACCUUUUUCUAAAAUUUGUCACCUUUGAUGCAAAUAUGUAUAUGUAUGUAAAACGUACAUCACAUCGUGGGAAGAGCCGUUCUGCCUACAGGAUGACUAAAUUUUUGAACGUGGAAAAGUUACCGCUCGAUUCUGAUACGUUGGUAUUUUCAUUAAAGAUGGUGUCACUGCGCUGUGCUUGUGCGAUAAAUACGUUGUAGUUUCGCUGCUACGGGCCCGCUGUUCAUUGUUAAUAAGGUAUUUGCGUAGAUUAUUGAUAUUGCCGGAUCCUUGAAUCGUGUCUAUGUAUACUUCAAUUGUUUUUAUUUUACGAUUGUUAAAAGUGUCGAAUUUUACUCUUUUUUUUAUUAUUCUAGUCUGCGUAAUAAAUUAUGCGCGUAUGGGAUGGGAUGGCAGGUUUUACGUUCAACGUUUGUAAAUUCUGUAAAUAAAUACGUACGCGGAUAUCGUCUAAUCUAAUGCGGCGCUCGUAUGUGGCUGUAGCAGUGGCGUGUGAAAUAGCAACCUAGUCGUGGCGACGGUGACGAGCGGUUUCCAGUUUCCUACCGCCAAAUAGCACUCGUAAAUUGAACUUUUGUUUCGUACGAACACUGACGAUAACGAUAACGAAAACAAUGUAAAGUAGUCAGAGACAACCGCAUUUUACUUUAGUACUCGUGUAAUGCACGUACGUCAUUAAGUACAUACAUAUUCGUAUGUACGAUUAAUAAUUGUACCUUCUACCCAUCUAAGUCUAUUUCUAUUGUAAGAGGUGCCCCUCGGUUAUACGCUUAUA